CGCUCCUCCCCUGCCACUGCCAGGCUACCACAGUUGACAGAGAGAGAGAGAGGCCAGGCGAGUCCAGAAGCAAGCGGCGGCCAUGGCGGGAGAGGUGAGCAAGGAGGAGGUAGGGAGCGUCCUCAUGCAGGCCAUGAUGGCCGCCAAGAACCCGCGCCCGCAGCGCGACCGCCUCCUGCAUCUCCGGCGCCGCCCGCAGCGCCUGCAGGCCGCCCUCGACGAGGACAAGCUCGGGGACCUCGCCGCGGACCUCUUCAAGGUCUACUACAUCGGCAUGGAGGCCGGCGCGCGCAUGCUCAGCAUCUGCCUCGAGCUAGCCGUCAAGAACGGCGGCCGCUUCGCCAUGAACCCCGCCUUCGCCCGCAUGCCCGACGAGCAGCUCCACCACGCGCUGCUCGCGCAGCGCCUCCCGGCCCGCCCCACCACCCAGCCCGAGGCCUUGGCCCGCGUCGAGGCCGCGCUCUUCGCCGUGAAGCUGCCCGAGGAGUACCACAUCCCGCGCUGCAUCGAGUACCUCGUCGGCUCCCGCCCCCCGCACCCCGGCGGCAAGCACGACACCUCCUCGCCGGACGGCAAGCCCCGUCAGACCACGGCCAUCGACCAGGGCAAGGCGCUCGACUUCCUGGACCGCGGGUGCACCAUCCUGAGCCUCGCCGUCAAGCACGUCGACCUCGCCGUCGCCGUCCUCUCCCGCUUCCUCGACCGCAAGGAGCUCGCCAGCCUCGCUGAGUUCACCGACAAGGUCGCCUACAUCUCCGAGGACGGGCCAUAUCCAUCAACAGAUUAGGCAGCUCACUACUUCACCCGAUCGAUCGAGCAUGUCGACAAGCAAUUCAAGGGGGUGGGAUCCCUUGAAUUGUUGAUCAAAGCCAUGCUCCUCCUAUCAGUCUUUUUUUUAUCUAGGAUGAUGAUCUGUAGCUACUUUAUUAUUCAGCACUUCUGCUUCGGUACACCCUCCCCUCUC